ACAAAAUGGUUAUUAACACACCUUUAACCGUGCCAUGUGGCGCCGCCAGUCCUCCUGCCACCAGAUCUCGUGUACAAAUCGAUUGGGAUAUUAAUGACACCGUUAUACCCAUGGUCAAUGAAUUUGAUGAUUUUCAUGAUUGGGCCAAUGGUCACUGCCGUUUGGUAUAUCCAGCCAAUAAUGAAGAUGCCAAAAAACAUUCUUCCGGCUGGGCCAUGCGAAAUACCAACAAUCACAAUAUUAAUAUUUUGAAAAAAAGCUGUCUGGGUGUUUUAUUGUGUUCCGCUAAUUGUAAAUUGCCCAAUGGCAACAGUGUACAUCUGAGACCCGCUAUUUGUGAUAAAGCCAGACGCAAACAACAAGGCAAACAAUGUCCCAAUAGAAACUGCACUGGCCGUUUGGAAAUUCAAACCUGCCGUGGCCAUUGUGGCUAUCCAGUUACCCAUUUUUGGCGCCGUUCCGGCAAUGCCAUAUUCUUUCAAGCCAAAGGCACCCAUGAUCAUCCCCAGCCUGAGGCCAAAGGUUCUUCAGAAGCUAGACGAUUAUUGGGUAGUGGCCGUCGGGCACGCAGUUUGGCGGUUAUUUUGGCUAGAGAUGCUGCUCUUAAUGAAAAACUAAGCAGUUUGAGAGGUGUCAAGAGACAAAGCAAUAAAAUGGAUACCAGCACUGACAGCUUAAUGGUACAAACUGCCAAAAAGAAACGCAGCUUAAGAGACAUGACUAAUGAAACAAAUAACACAACUGCAUUUUAUACACAGGAUUCUGGACACUUUGAAAACUCCUUAAACAACUCUCAAUGGCUGCCAGAAUUGAAUACACAAGUUUAUAGCAAUACUCCUCUAGCAGAAUUCGACUAUAACAACCAUCAGAAUAUCAAUUUGGAUCCCAUGUCUUAUAACAUACACUAUGAAGCACCAGCAAAUCAACAGCCUUUAACCUCACCCCACUCCAGCGGCUACAGUUAUCCCCAACAUUAUUCGCCCAACAACUCCUUAAUCGAUGACUCUGUAUUGUGUCAACAUACGGCUGGAAUUUAUGAACAGCAAGUCUCUCAGGCUUUACCGCAAGACUAUAAUAACCAGCAAGACACCAAAAAAUGGAUGUACGAAAGUUGUGAUGAUACCUCCAGUCUCACCAGCAGUUCAGGUUACAACUCCGAUGACUAUUACUUCCCCAACUUGUUAUCGUCCACACUUAAUGGUUAUGAUGUGGCCUCAACUGUACCCUUGAUCAAUGAAGCACAGCCACAACAACAACAAAGUCCCUCAUAUUACUCUCACUCCCCCUCCUCAGCUGCCUCGCCUAACACUAAUGACAUCUAUACAACUGUAUUUGAUGCCGACCUACCACCCAGCUCCGCUUUGUAUGGAGCUGCUGCUGAUAACAACUACCAGACACACAUUUCACACUCCGGCUUCAGCGAUAACAUGCAACAACAACAACAGCAGCAGCCAUAUCAAACCUUAUCUUCAUAUACUUCCGAUGCCGGUCCCGAUUUCUAUUACAGCAAUUCGGGUGGCGACAACGGUGGUGAAUGGAAUAUACAAAUGGAUUCAACUUCUGCUCAACUGUACUCAUCACACUCUUCUCUGCCAGCCAUGCAAAAUCAUGUGUUGCCAAUCUCAGCGGGAGUUUUUUAAUAAAAUUCCUCUUCAAUCA